AACCUGCAGCGAGUAAGAUAGACUAACUGAGUAUUUCAGGACGAUGGAGACUAAGCAAGAAGCCACCUGAAACACCGCGACACGAACAUGUCUGGAUGAGCUCAUCAAGUGUGUGUGAUGAUUUCCUUUACGAAAUCCGUAAAGUUCAAGGACUUGGUUUAAAUGCUACCCGGUAUCUGUUAUUUGGCUAAAUAUUUAGUAAUCUUGGAAUAAAUGAAAGGAUAAAGAAGAGCACUUGGUGGUUAUCUGAAGCAUUUUGGAUUCUGUGAUAUAUCCAGUAAGAAGUACCAUUGAGAAAUGGCUCGUCUCGUCGUUCUUCUCAACUCUGUGGCACUGUUGCUCUUUGGCACUGACAUGUUUUUGGUUGGAGCAAACCGACCGCCUGCUCCAGUAAAUGUGUCGGUUAUUAACCUGAAAGCUGAUUCAGCCACAGUGUCCUGGGAAGUGCCAGAGGGAGACAUCAUCAUAGGCUUUUCUAUUCUACAGCAGAAGCAGGAUGGCCACAUGCAGAGGUUUAUCCGGGAGGUAAAUACCACCAGCAGGGCAUGUGUGCUUUGGGACCUGGAGGAAGAGACAGACUACAUAGUUCAGGUUCAGUCCAUCGGCCUGUAUGGAGAAAGUCAGGCCAGCAAGCGAGUCCACUUCAGAACACUCAAGAAGUCAGAUCGCUUCCCCUCCAACAGCUCCAACCAAGAUGACCCAGCUGUUCAAGGCCUGGAGAAAUCGAGAAACCUGCAGACAGGAGAGGUGAUCAUCAUUGUGGUGGUGCUGCUCAUGUGGGCAGCGGUCAUCGCACUUUUUUGUCGGCAGUAUGAAAUAAUUAAGGAUAAUGACAACAGUAACAGCAAAGAGAAGGUAAAGCCAUCGUCUGAACACAGCACACCAGAACAUCACAGCGGAGGGCUGCUCAGAAGCAAGUUUCAUCAGUCUGUGCCAUCUAUCAACAUCAUCGAGGUCUAAUGGGGCGAGGGAAGACAACUGCAUUCCCCUCAACAUGUCAACAUGACACAGCAGAUCCCACAUGUAAUGAAUCAUUUAACUAAAUCAUGGGCUGUCAGUCAAGCUUAUUUGCCCAAAUCUU